CGUGCGCUGUCGCUCCUCUUCUCCCGGCCGGUCCAGGAGGAAGGCGGCGAGCGCCGGCGGAGAAACUGCCGCUCAGCGGGCAGAGGGGAAAAGUCGUGUCGCGACAGGAGAAGCCCGGUCGGCCUCGACGGCUCUCGCCGCCGGCUUCCCCACAGAAGAUAUCCAGCCAGCGGCGGCAGCCGGUGAAGAAACGGGACAGGGGGGCGGAGAUUCUUGGCCCGAUUGUGAGCAGCACUCCCUCCACUGAGAUUUCCCCAGAUCUGAGCCCGUCCUCCCUCUCCAGGGGCUUUCCCACUCGGCGCUUGGAUCGUUGCCGCAAAACAUGGAGAAGAGCAGCAGCCCCCAGACACGAUAAACGCGCCGGUCAGCUGGUGUUCCGGACCAUGGACUCACUGAGACACCCUGAGGUGUGAAAAUGUCGAGCAGGAACAGGGACCUGGUGACGGACUUUAUCUCCUACAAGCUGUCUCAGAGGGGCUACAGCCUGAGCGAAGUGGAGGGGGACAGAGAGGACAGGACUGAGUUGGCGGGAGAGAUGGGGAGCAUCCCCAACGGGAGCCCGUCGUGGCACCCCGGCGCCAGCCCGGUCGUCAACGGCGCCACCGGGCACCCGAGCCUCCUCGAAGACCAGGAAAACAGUCCUGGGUUGGACGUGAGGCAAACGCUAAGGGAAGCCGGCGACGAGUUUGAACUGCGGUACCGCCGCGCUUUCAGCGACCUCACCUCCCAGCUCCACAUCACCCCCGGCACGGCGUACCAGAGCUUCGAGCAGGUGGUGAACGAACUCUUCCGGGACGGGGUGAACUGGGGGCGGAUAGUGGCUUUUUUCUCCUUCGGAGGGGCCCUGUGCGUGGAGAGCGUCGACAAGGAGAUGCAGAUCUUGGUGGGGCGGAUCGCAAACUGGAUGGCCACGUACCUGACCGACCACCUCGACCCGUGGAUCCAAGAGAACGGUGGCUGGGAGCGUUUUGUGGAUCUCUACGGGAACGACGCGGCCGCCAAGAGCCGGAAGGGCAAGGAGCGCUUCAACAAGUGGCUGUUGACGGGGGCCACCGUGGCCGGCGUCGUCCUCCUGGGCUCCCUGCUGAGCCGCAAAUAGCCCGACAUGGACUCUCUCUCUCUCUCGCCUCGCCUCGGUCGGUGCUCCCCCCGCGACGGCCGCCUGCCGAGGAAGAACACCGCUACAUUCUGCUUGCGCCUCAGCUUUGUGAUCAUUCCAGGGGGGGACGGGGGGGCUCUGCAUUGCAACCUCCCCCCCCUGAUCCCCGGGGCUCAGAGCCCCCCCCCCCACAACUCACAGACCUCUUUCUGGUGCCUCCAACCCCACAGACACCUCCGACCUUAGGGCAUGGUUCCCUAUAAAGGGGGGCUUCUCCACCCCUCUUCCGGGCGCUGUGCCACCUUCUCUCCCACAUGCCCCUCCACUCCACGAGCUGGUAACCCCUUUGACUCACAGCCCUGGUGUUUGUUUGAUUGUAUUUUUAAAGGGCCCACCCACCCAAGGCAGGGCCC